GCUCUGACCGAAAAAACAAAAGUAGAGGGCUGAUUUUUCGCUUUGCAGGUGCGAAGGAAAAAAAGGGUUUUUUGCUGGACCGAAGGAAGGAAAAAAGGGGGAGUUGGGCCGUAAACCUGAUCAGCCCACUUGUGUUUUUUAUGGUACUUUUUGGAUUUGGACUUUUGGUUUGUGCUAAUUUAAUUCUUGAGGUGGGUGUGAUUUUCUGAGAAAAAAUUACCAAGAUCUGAAAUUAGUUGUACCGAGUAUCUCGCCUAGUCAUGUGAUAUGACGGAAGAUGGGAAGUUCCGAAUUGAGAAGUUCGAUGGUAUAGAUUUCAGUUGGUGGAAGAUGCAAAUUGAAGAUUUUCUGGUUCAGAAAGAUUUUGACGUGGUUUUAGGUGAUAAGCCAGAAAAGAUGUCGGAUGCAGAUUGGGCAAGUUUGGAUCGGAAAGCUAUGUCCGUGAUACGUCUCUCGUUGACCAAUAAUGUUGCGUUCAACAUUCUGAAGGAGAAGACAGCGAAGGGAAUUAUGGAAGCGUUGUCUAACAUGUACGAGAAGCCUUCUGCAGCGAAUAAAGUUUUUCUGAUUAGAGAGCUGGUGAACACAAGGAUGAAAAAAGGCACUUCAAUUACCGAGCAUAUCAAUAAGAUGAAUUCGGCCUUAACAAGACUUGUGUCAGUGAAGAUUAAGUUCGAUGAUGAAGUUCAAGCUUUGUUACUGCUAUCGUCUUUGCCUGAUACUUGGUCCGGAACGGUUACAGCGGUUACCGUUUUAGUCGGACCCGAUGGAUUCACCUUUGAUCAGAUUCAAGAUCUCGUUCUUGGCGAGGAUGUCAGAAGAAAGAGUUCAAGGGAGUCAUCUGGUGAAUUGCUUCAUGUUUGUAGAGGAAGAAGAAAUAGCAGAGGCUCUGUGAGUGAAGAGGAGGUCACUCUGACUUGCUGUGAGGAAAGCAAUGUGGAUUCCUUGGUCAUGGAUUCUGGUGCUUCAUUUCAUGCUACCACAACGGUGAAGCAUUGCAGAAUCUGGUUAUCGGAGACUUUGGAAAGGUACGACUUGCGAACGAUAGAGCUCUUGAGGAAGUUGGACGAACAGGGACACGAGGUAAAGUUUAGAGAUGGGCAGUGGAAGGUCAUGAAGGAAAAUCUUGUCAUGGCCCAUGGAAAGAAGAGAGGUUCGCUGUAUAUGGUCGAGUUAGCAUAUGAGGGAGUGACCAUCCCAGUUCAGAAGAGAAACAAAGUCUGGUUCAUAGAGUCUCGUGGGCAGAAUAAGGUUGUCUAUGCAAGAGAGAAACCUAGAGCCACAGAUCAGACUCAGGAUGAACGAGCGAGGAAAGGUUCAAGGAGGCCAGUCAGAGGUAUUUGUGGCAGUGGGAGCUCAAGAGGCGCUUCAGCCAAGUUUCCUAGAAGACACUGGGUUAGGAGAACCAGUAUUCCAGUUGUAGGAACAUCUCCAGAAAAAUUCUUGCUGAGUAUGGAGAGUGUUUGUUCUCAGGAUGUUCCAGGAUCCGGCAGUGUGUGUCUACAGUGGGAGCCGGUAGGGGCCGAGGACGAGUCAGGGGCAGAUUUUGCCGUGAUUGAUGUGUUGGAGUUUGGGAGAGCUUCAAUGGGCCUUUCAGUUGUCUGAUGAGAGGGCCGCUUUAACAAGAGAGCUGAGGAAGAUUACUCAAUGUACAAUCAAUCGUGGUGGAUGGCAGUUGAUGACUAUCAAGCCUCCAAAUGGGAGAAUGUUGGGUUUGUGGAGGCUUGGGCUUGACUUGUAGGCCCAGCCCAUGUUAUGUAACCCUAAUUUCUUUUCUCCUAUAUAUUGAGCCCUUGUACUUGUAAUUCUGGGAGACACCACAAGUGAAAUAAGAAAUUCUUUCUGUUGCA